AUGUCAGAAUCUAAAAAAGUUAAAUAUAUCACUGAAAAAAAUAUUGGUGAUCAUCCAUUAAAACUAAUUUGGAAUUUUUAUGAUAGAGAAGAUACAUUAGAUAAUUCAGAACAUUAUGAAGCAAUUUGUAAAGCAUGUGAUAAAAAAUUUUCACCUGAAAAACUAUCACAAAUGGAAAAACAUAUAAUUAGUGAAUGUAAAAAAGUUUCUGAAACAGUAAAAGAAGCAGUCAUAUAUAUUAUUAAAUCUUGUGACAAUUUAUCAAAUAUUUCUGGAACUAAGCAUUCAAAUGAACAAUUAUGUUUAGAUAAAUUUCUUGAAA